CCCCGCCCCUCCCGCGCCCCGCACUGGCCCCGCCCCUGACUCCGCCCUUCUUGGCCUCUCCCGCGCGACCUCGGCAGCGGCUGCGGUGACUCCUCCCGGCCCGCAGAGCCGUGGCCAUGGCUGUCACCGCCGAGGGCUCCCGCAGAAAGGAGCGGAUCCUCUGUCUGUUCGACGUGGACGGGACCCUCACGCCGGCUCGCCAGAAAAUUGACCCUGAGAUAUCAGCCUUCCUGCAGAAGCUGCGAAGUAGGGUGCAGAUCGGUGUGGUGGGCGGCUCUGACUACUCUAAGAUUGCGGAGCAGCUGGGUGAUGGGGAUGAAGUCAUUGAGAAGUUUGAUUACGUGUUUGCUGAGAAUGGGACCGUGCAGUACAAGCAUGGAAGGCUGCUCUCCAAGCAGACCAUCCAGAACCAGCUGGGGGAGGAGCUGCUGCAGGACUUGAUCAACUUCUGCCUCAGCUAUAUGGCUGUGCUCAGACUGCCCAAGAAGCGUGGGACCUUCAUUGAGUUCCGGAAUGGCAUGCUUAACAUCUCACCCAUCGGCCGCAGCUGCACCCUGGAGGAGAGGAUUGAGUUCUCUGAACUGGACAAGAAGGAAAAGAUCCGGGAGAAGUUUGUAGAAGCCCUGAAGACAGAGUUUGCCGGAAAGGGGCUGAGGUUCUCCCGAGGAGGCAUGAUCAGCUUUGAUGUCUUCCCUGAGGGCUGGGAUAAGCGCUAUUGCCUGGAUAGCCUGGAUGAGGACAGCUUUGACAUCAUCCACUUCUUUGGGAAUGAGACCAGUCCUGGUGGGAACGACUAUGAGAUCUAUGCUGACCCCCGGACCGUCGGCCACAGCGUGGUCUCCCCUCAGGACACCAUGCAACGAUGCCGAGAGCUUUUCUUCCCAGAGACAGCCCAUGAGGCAUGAUGGUACCUGCAGCUGAGCAUUGUGACUUCCAAAAAAGCUCUGCCAAGCCUGAAGAGAGAACUAUGAGGUGCCAGCGUGCUCCUUCCUCGAGCCUAGAACGCAGCCUCAUGUGGGCCACUACAAGGCCCAGCCACACAGAACCAGGGUCUGUGUGGCAACUGUCCCCAGAUAGGUAGCUCCUGACAAGAUGGGUUCCUGUACUCUGCCCUUAAUGGCCUGGCCUCAGAUGCUGCUGGUCUUCCAGAACAGACCAGGUCUCCGUCCACCCUGGAGGGAAGUGUGUGCAAGUUGUGCCAUGGAACCUGCUGGGCCACCACAGACAGAGGGAAGAGCAGCAGGGAAGGACACUGCUCAGAGGACUUUGUCACUUUGUGUUCUAGUAAAGGUCCCAGGAUAAGACGUA